CAGCCAGCCGGCCAGCCAGCGAGCGAGCGCCUCUCGGCCGGGAGGGCGCCCACCAUGAAGAACUUGCAGCUGGUGGAAGCGGAGGCGCGCUGGCAGCGUUUUUGCCUCAAGGAGCUCCGCGGCAUCCAGAAGCUCAAGCGCAGGAGCCGGCAGGGGCUGCGCGGCGGCGGCGGGGGGCAGCUGCCGGUCCCGGAGCACGUGCGCGCGGGAAGGCCGGGGGGCGCGCGGCCCGAAAGCCUCCCCGAGGGCGGCCGCGAGGGGCUGGCGGGGGCCGAGCUGCCGUUCCCGCCGCUGCGCUGCCGAGGGCCGCUUUUCCCCGGGCAGCAGAGCCUGCCGUCCAGGGCGGCCGCGGGGCAGCUCGCGCCGCCGCGCGCCCGGGAGAGCCCCCUGGCGCCGCCCCCCUCCCGCGCCCUUUACGGCGGCAGCCCCGAGCCCUCCGCCUCGCCCCGCAAACGGCCGGGCGAAGCGGCCGGCGCCGCCACGGAGAUCAAAGCGCUGCAGCAGACCCGGCGGCUGCUGGCCAACGCCCGGGAGCGGACCCGCGUGCACACCAUCAGCGCGGCCUUCGAGGCGCUCCGCAAGCAGGUUCCCUGUUAUUCCUAUGGACAGAAGCUAUCCAAAUUGGCCAUCCUGAGGAUAGCAUGUAACUAUAUCCUCUCCUUAGCUAGACUGGCAGACCUGGAUUACAGCGCUGACCACAGUAACAUGAGCUUUUCGGAAUGUGUGGAGCAAUGCACAAGAACCUUACAAGCUGAAGGAAGAUCUAAAAAAAGGAAGGAAUGAUAACCAAAGGGUGGAUCAAGCAGCAAAAUUGUCCUGAUGUUCCAUCUUACUUCUCAAAGCGUGCAUGUUCCCAUUGAAAAGAGCAGAAGGCAUCUGUCAUUGAACUGAAGACUGGCUAUGGAAACACUCUGGGUGUGACAGCCUUUCAGAGAAGACGUUUUCUUCUAUUGUUUUCUUCUUAAGCCAAUCUCACGUUAGUAUGUGCAAUGUAUGGACAGGCUUUUGCCUUCCACUGUCCCCGUAUCAUAGUAGAUUGGAAUGAUAUUGCUAGUGCCAAAGAGCUGGUUGAGUCUCAAAUCCAGAGAUUAUGAUCUGUAAAUUUCAGUAGUCAGCAGCAUAAAUCAGGGGCAGACUGAGAUGUGGAAGUCAUUGGUGGCUUUUGAUGGGAUGCGCAUUAGAAUGCACAUGCAUCUGUCGAGGAAAGGGGAGGCAAAACCUGUUUAAAGCAAUGGCUGUGGGGCUAAUUCAGAAUUGGCAAACCUUUCUGUAAAUAAACACAGUUCUAUCUGUCUGAAAGCUGAAGCACUAGUAUCAUCAGGAAGCUCCAAUGCUGCUGUUCCAGACACUUUUUUUCUUCACCUUUACUAAAUUCUGCUUAUUUAAUAAGAGUCAGCUUUUCAGGGUGAAAAAAAUGGUGGCAAAAAGCGAGAGCCAUGACAAGGGAUGAUUUCUUUACAUUUUUUUAAACACACCAUUUAACCCAAUUAAUUAAAAUGUAUAUUAUGAAAGGAAAGUUAGCCAGAGUCUGUUAGCAGAAUAUUCCAGAAAGGUUUACAGGUAGUCCUUGCUUAAUGACCACAAUUGGGACUGGAAUUUCAGUUGCUAAGUGAAGCAGUCACUAAGCAAAUCCAACCCGAUUUUAUGACUUGCGGCAGUCGUUAAGUGAACCACAUGGUUGUUAAGCGAAUCAUGUGGUUCCCCAUUGAUUUGACUUGCCAGAAGCUGGCUGGGAAGGUUGAAAAUGGUGAUCACAGGACCCCUGGAUGCUGCGAUGGUCAUAAAUGCAAACUGGUUGCCAAGCACCCAAAUCGUGACCACAUGACCUUGGGGAUGCUGCAACAGUCAUAAGUGUGAGGACCACUUGUAGGUCAUUUUUUCCAGCACCGUUGUAAGUCCAAACCAUCACUAAACGAUUGGUUGUUAAGUGAGGACUGCCUGUAUAACAUCACAUUUUGAAUUUUAGAAAUAUUAAAGCCCAUGUAAUGCAAAGGCAUUUGAAUACUAUGUUGUAUAUUUCACUUCAAAUUGAAGUUAAAAAAAUGUAUGGAGAAA